CAGGUGGCAGUGGGAGCUCUGGGAUUGAGAUGUUGGAGGUCUGAUGGGGAGGUUGUAAGUUCAGAUAUCAGCACCACCAAGCUGUCACUGCUGGGCCCUUGAGAAAGGCCCUUACCCUUGACUAUUAUUAAAUCUCUAUGAGGACAAGAAAUCGAUUUUGGUCACAGAUACACACGGACAUGACAAGGACAUUUACAAGACGCACGUUUUCAAGAAAAGCUGGACAUUGUGAGAAAUCUGCCCUGAACAAGCACUGAAGAUGAAUUUCACCACUAACCAAACUGGUCUUCAUUCCUAUGAUCUGGGCCAAAAUAACUUCACUAAUGCCACGUUGUCGGACAUCUCGUUUUCUCCCGUUAUGGAUCAGGUCAUUAAUGUAUUCUGCAUCAUCAUCCUGUUUGACACUAUGGUUGCUCUAGGCUGCACGAUGAAAUUCUCGGAGAUAAAGAACCAUAUCAAAAAGCCCAAAGCUGUAGUGAUCUCUUUUGUGGUUCAGUUUGGAGUGAUGCCUCUUACAGCCUUCUCUCUGGCUAAACUCUUUCAACUCGGUCCCAGUGCAGCCAUGGCGGUGCUGGUUUGUGGCUGCUGUCCAGGAGGAAUGCUUUCCAACGUCCUGGCCUUUGCUGUUAAAGGGGACAUGAACCUCAGCAUUGUGAUGACAACCUGCUCCACACUGGGGGCGCUGGGUAUGAUACCCCUUCUGCUCUUCAUUUACCUCCAUGGCUUACCCAACCUGAGUGCCGUGCCUUACGUUCGCAUCGCCCUGACCUUAAUCUUCAUGUUGCUGCCCUGCUUUGUUGGCAUCUACAUCAGCUAUCGCUUUCCACAGAAAUCCAAACUUGUCCUCAAGAUCGGACUGGGAGUAAUGAUGGUCAGUUGUAUUGUCUUAGGCAGUCUGCUCGGCGUUUACUUAGGACCGGUCAUCUGGGUGGUGACAGAACCUCGAAUUCUGGCUACAGGAGCACUAAUGCCAUUUAUUGGAUAUGUGCUUGGCUAUAUGUUGUCUUUUCUUUUCAGUUUCGAUGAACCCUGUAGGAGGACUGUUGCUAUAGAAACCGGUUGCCAAAACCUCCAUCUCUGCACCACCAUCCUUGAGGUAGCCUUCGAGCGAGAGGUCAUCGGCCCAUACACCCUCUUCCCAUUUGUCUACUUUUUCUUUCAAGUCGUUGAGGUUUUGGCUUUCAUCGUGAUCUACAGAUGCCACAAGAAACCUGCGUAUAAACUUGCAACGAAUCAAAGCUCUGGUGACCUUUAACAGAAAAUAAAUCAUUAAUUUUUUUAAUCUGCAAGCAAAAUUUCAGACGGAUCGAGUGUUAAUUUUAAAAAGGUUUUCAGACAUCGUGUUCUCUAAGUGCAACAGAGCAGAAUUAAUAAACAGCCAAUGCAAAGUCAAAUCAAAUACUAGAGCCCUGGACUAAGCUUUCAGGCAAGUUCACAGUAAAUUCAAAUGUAAACUAGGCACAUUUACAAACCAUAUUGUUUUAUUUCUUGCAAAAAAGAGUUGAACACUGGUGUAAUUAGUUUGCGCUAUGAACAGAACGCAGGAAAACGAGGAUGGCUGGUGGGGAAAAUGGGUUGCAGGGAAUUCUGGGAAUCAUUUGUCACAGGAGGACAGAGGGUUUGUGACAGGUCAUAACUGGGGCUGUCAAUCAAUUCAAAUAUUUAAUCCUGAUUAAUCACAUGACUGUAAUGAUUUAACUCAUGAUUAUUCACACAAUUUCUAUCUGUAAUUAAUACUCUAAUACUCUAAUCAACAAGGGCAGGGACAACUAUGAAUGCUUUAUGCAAAUUAAGAAACUAGCGAAAGCAGCACUAGCAUUAGAGAGCAUAAAGACAAAAUAUUCUGAAAAAACUUUUACAUUGGGAAAAUUUUGCAGUGCAAAGCGAAUUUUUCUAUAGGAAAUAACGUAAAUUCAGAUCAUUCGUUCCACACAUCCAAAAAUAUUAAUAAAAAAAUCAUUUUAAUGGUAUUUUAUGUACAAAGUAUUGUUGCUAAUGUAUCUGAAACAAAUAACAAUGAUUCUUACACAAUAUAAAGUACAAAUAAAAUGAAUUAACCUACA